AGGCCAUGUUGAGCGACCUGCAGUCUCGGAUGACUGACCAGCUGAAUUUGAAUGGAAAUCCUGUCAUCCAGGACCUGGACCUCUCGCAGAACAAGCUCUCGCUGGAGCAGUUCGAGUCCCUGUUCAUCUCCUUGGGCGUGGCCAGCGCGAAGGUGGUUCGCUUCCGGCUUUUCGGCUGUGCAACGCUUGAUGAUCAGGUAAUGCUGCUGCUGGCAGACUACAUGCGUGGGCUGACACCUGACACGGCUCCGGCGGAGAUGCACUUGUCAGAUUGCGCCAUCAGCUCCGAUGGCUUCCAGUCUCUGAUGUCGGCCAUCGAUGAGACCGAGCUGUACCCACUAGUUCGCCAUCCUGGUGAAGGCUGGCCCCUGUAUCUCCGCCUGGAGAACAACUACAUCAGCCAGGCGGCCAUUCAAGAGCGGGUGGACGCUGGGAUGAUGCAAAUGUUCACCAAGCAAGAGCCUGCCAAACGGGCGCCGAAAGGCGGCGCGAAGGUGAACCUCCUCACCGGCCCUGGCUAUAUCUGCCGCCAGCGGGACGCACCUUCGCGACCGGAGGAGGUUUCGGCGCCGCAACCUGUGAACGGCUGGAACAGCGUGGGGCUCAAGCGCCCUCUGAGCCACACCGUCGCUGAGGUUCCUGCGAGUGCAGACAGGGUAUCCCGGCCUGUCUCCAACAUGCCUGCGAAGCCCAAAGCGGUUCCUGCGAGUGCAGACAGGCCCGUAUCCAGGCCUGUCUCCAACAUACCUGCGAAGCCCAAAGCGGUUCCUGCGAGUGCAGACAGGCCCGUAUCCAGGCCUGUCUCCAACAUGCCUGCGAAGACCAAAGCGGUUCCUGCGAGUGCAGACAGGCCCGUAUCCAGGCCUGUCUCCACCAUGCCUUCGAAGCCGAAAGCAGUUCCUGCGAGUGGAGACAGGCCUGCAUCCGGGCCUGUCUCCGUCACGCAGCCGGAGGCCAGACCAGCUCCAAGGCUUCGGGGCAGUGUCAGCAGGGUCACCAGGUCCAGAACUCCGGCACCUCGCGCUGCGAGCGACCUGCCGCAUCCCUGGGAGGAGCACUGGAGCCAGGAGCACAACCUCACUUAUUAUUGGAACCCCGAGACGAGCGUCGCCCUUUGGGAAAAGCCCUGACCAGCCGAUCG